AUGGAAAUUAUAGCAGGCAUGGCAGGUUAUAAUGAUCCUAGCAAAGUGGUGAAGGAAGUUCUAAGACAACUGCGUAUGACCAGUCAUUGUCGAAAGAAGGUUCAGUGCGCUGAGGUUGGUGGUGGACAAAAACGUCGAAUAAGUGCAGGUGUGGCAAUAUUGAUCAACGCAGAACUUAUUGUACUUGAUGAACCCACAGCCGGUAUCGAUCCAAAGGUCUGA